AUGACAAAGGAAUCAACAGAAUCAGUUUUAGUUGAGACAAUGGAAACCAAAAUACAAGCAAGCGCUCUAAGUAAAGUGUUAUUACCUUCAGUAAAGCUUCCUUUGACAAAGUCAUAUAUGUAUGCUAGUCCUGUUCCGGUAUUACUAGCAGAGAACAGACCAGAUAAAGUGAACGAACCAUGUGUCCUGGGCGUAGAUGAAGCCGGAAGAGGUCCAUGCUUGGGUCCUAUGGUCUAUGCUGUAUGUUAUUGUCCCUUGUCUCGUCACCAAGAACUCAAGAAACUCGGAUUUGAUGAUUCAAAAAAGUUGACUGAAGAAAAACGAUCACAGCUUGCCAAGAUCAUUGAGGAAAAUAAGGAUUGGAUUGGAUGGGCAGUGUAUGUGAUAUCGCCUAGAGACAUAUCAACAAACAUGUUUCGUCGUCCCGUAUAUAAUUUGAACGAAAUGGCUCAUGAUGCGACUAUCAAGCUUAUUAAACAAGUUAUACAAGAGAAAGUGAACAUUGAAGAGAUUUAUGUUGAUCCUGUUGGUCCAUCAGAAUCCUACAGAAAGAAGUUACUCUCUUUUUUCCCUGGUGUUGGUAUAACCGUCGAACCAAAAGCAGAUGCAUUAUACCCCAUUGUAAGUGCUGCAAGUAUAUGCGCAAAGGUGACUCGAGAUCAAUAUGUGCAAAAUUGGUUAUGGACAGAACCAGGAUUUGAGGGUGUUGUGUCCAAGGAGUUUGGCUCUGGUUACCCAUCAGAUCCAAAUACGAUAAAAUGGAUGGACGCAAAUGAAGAUGCCUUUUUUGGGUUUCCUAGUAUCAUGAGAUUCAGCUGGAAGACGAUUUCUAAUCGAAUGAACCAAACAAGACAUGUUGAAUGGUCCGAGGAUGAAGAUGAGGAACCAACGACAAAACAAGCAAUAAAAGCAAUGCAAGAAAAACUGGCUAAACAGGCAUUAAAAAGGAAAAGAGCAGCCAAGUAUAACCAUCAUAGACGAGGAAAGGUGAUCCAAAGCUUCAGUUUGGAUAUUGAACCCAAACUUUUAUAA